AUGUCUAAAUCGUCAAUUUCUGAACAUGUACAACCAGUUUAUUGUGCAUUACCAUUUAAAAGAAAAGUUUUAAUUAUUAUUAUCGUUACAUUGGCUGGUUUUUUAGGUCCUGUUUCAGGUAAUAUUUAUGUACCAAUUUUACCACAUUUGGAAAGAGUAUUUUCAGUUUCAACUUCAGUUAUAAAUGGUACUGUUUCAGUUUUUAUGGUUGUUUUUGCAAUUGCACCAUUAUUUUGGGCUUCAUGGGCCGAUUAUGGAGGUAGGAAAACAUUAUAUUUAAUACCUUUAAUUAUAUUUAUAAUUUCCAAUAUUUUAUUAUCAUCUGUACCAGCAAAUAUUGUUGCAUUGUAUAUUUUAAGAAUUUCUCAAGCUUUUGGUGCUUCAAGUGUAAUGUCAGUUGGUGCUGGAACAAUUGCAGAUAUUAUUGAACCAAAGCAUCGUGCUAAGGCUAUUUCCAUAUUUAUGUGGGGUCCACAAUUGGGUCCAGUAUUGGGUCCUAUUUUAUCAUUGAUACCAUGGAGAUGGUCAUUUGCCUUUUUAGCCUUUUUUGGAGCAUUUGUAUAUUUAUUAAUAAUGUUUUUGUUGCCUGAAACUUUAAGGUAUUUAGUUGGUAAUUGUGAAGGAUAUACUGGGUACUUUGUUAAACCAAAAUUAUUUCAAGAAAAGAUCGUUGAAGGAUAUCCAAAACCACCAAAGCCAAGUUUAAAAGUUUAUUGGAAACUAAUCAAAUUUAAACCAGUUUUGUUAUCUUCUGUUAAUGCUGGGUUAUUAUUUGCUUCAUUUUAUGGUUUAAUGGUUACAUUUGCCCAUGUUUUGGAAGAUUAUAAAUUUUCAAGAGUUCAAGUUAGUGUUAGUUAUAUAUGUCCAGGAAUAUCAUUGAUUUUAGGUUCAACUAUAGGUGGAUGGUUAUCAGAUAAACAAGAGAAGAAAAUUCCUGAACAUCGUUUUAGUUUACAAAUUAUUGGACUAAUUAUAUCAAUGUGUGGAAUUAUUGGUUAUGCUUGGACUGCUUAUAAACAUGUACAUGUUGCAUCAGUAUUUGUAUUUACAUUUUUAUCUGGUUUUGGUAUGACUUGGGUAUUUGUUUCAAAUACUACUUACCUAACAGAAUGUUCUACAAAUCAACCAGCUACAAAUGUUGCAAUUGGGAACUUUAUGAGAAAUUUAGCUGCCGCAAUUUGUACAGCAAUUAUAAAUCCAAUACUUAAAAAAACUGGAUUUGGUUGGUGUUUAACUGGUUUAGGGUUUUUAAAUUUAGUUUCAAUUGGAUUUGUUGUAGUUUUAGUUAAAUACGGACCCAAAUGGAGAAGUGAAUAUAAAUAG